AAGACGAUAAAAAAAAAGAGAGAGAAAAAGGAAAAAAACUUACUACAAGCACAGAGAAAAGCGGGGUUUUUCCAUUGCCAACGACCAUGAUGAACAACACCAACCGUAGCAGCGAAGAAAAUCAGCGGAAGAAAGAGAGCUCUGUGAGCUUAGACUCGAGAUUCAACCAGACCCUAAAAAAUGUUCAAGGGUUGCUCAAAGGCCGCAGUAUACCUGGUAAAAUUUUACUAACUAGAAGGUCAGAUCCAAGCUUACAAGAACUGUCUCCAGAGUAUGAAAGGAGCUCCUCAUUCAAGGAUGCUGGCUCAAGUGAUCGCGUGACCAAGGAAGUAGAGGCAAUAUUGAUAUCCAUUUUCACUCAUCAUUAUGUUUCCUUAUUAAAAAAUUUUAUGGAAGAAGUCCAGGGUACAAGCAAUGCAAAUAAGAACACAAAUGUCAAUAAGUUGAAAACAUCAACCUCAAAUAUUGAAAAUACAUCCAAAGAAGUUCAGAAGUCUGCUAUGGGUGCUAGAGCUACAGAUUCUGCGAGAGUUAUGAAGUUCACAAAGGUGCUCUCAGGGACAACAGUCGUAUUAGAGAAUUUGCGCGAGUUAGCUUGGAGUGGAGUACCAGAUUAUAUGCGCCCAGAUGUAUGGAGGCUUCUCUUGGGAUAUGCACCACCUAAUUCAGAUAGAAAGGAGGGAGUUCUAAGAAGAAAGCGCCUUGAGUAUCUCGACUGUGUUUCUCGGUAUUAUGAUAUUCCAGAUACUGACAGAUCAGAUGAUGAGAUCAACAUGCUUCGCCAGAUUGCUGUUGAUUGUCCAAGAACUGUACCUGAUGUUACUUUCUUCCACGAACCACAAGUUCAGAAAUCCUUGGAGCGCAUCCUUUAUACAUGGGCCAUUCGGCAUCCUGCAAGUGGAUAUGUUCAGGGAAUAAAUGAUCUAGCUACACCCUUUCUAGUUGUUUUCUUGUCAGAAUACUUGGAAGGGGGGAUGGAUAACUGGUCAGUCUCUAAUUUGUCUCCAGAAAAAAUCUCUAACAUAGAGGCUGAUUGCUAUUGGUGUCUAUCGAAAUUGCUUGAUGGGAUGCAAGACCAUUACACAUUUGCUCAACCAGGAAUUCAAAGGCUUGUGUUUAAACUGAAGGAGUUGGUUAGGCGGAUUGAUGAACCUGUUUCAAGACACGUGGAGGAGCAAGGGCUGGAAUUUCUUCAAUUUGCUUUCCGCUGGUUCAACUGUCUUCUAAUACGUGAGAUACCUUUCCAUCUUGUGACUCGCUUGUGGGACACAUAUCUUGCAGAAGGAGAUGCACUGCCAGAGUUCCUUGUGUACAUAUUUGCCAGUUUUCUUUUAACGUGGUCAGAUAAGCUCCAGACGCUUGAUUUCCAGGAAUUGGUGAUGUUCCUUCAACACCUUCCAACACAAAAAUGGACUCACGCAGAGCUUGAGAUGGUGCUUUCAAGAGCCUUCAUGUGGCACAGUAUGUUCAACAACUCUCCCAGCCACUUAGCUAGCUAGAAAGGAAUUUGUGAUAUUCGCUUUUUAUGGUCAGAUUGGAAUUUUGUUCUUUUCAUGAUUCCACCGCCUUUUUUUCCUAUCUACAGAUGUUCUCUCCCAGCCCCUCAAAAAAAUAAAAAAUAAAAACAAGUAUAUGUAUUCCUAGGUUUUGUAGGUUUGCUUUGAUCAG